UGCAACAUGAGAGAGCUAAGAAGAAGCAGGGCAGAAAGACAAAGAAGAAGUCAGAGGAGGAAUUGGGUAGCAAUGGCAGGACCAGAGGAAGAGACUUCUAUGAGGAAUGUGUUGAAAUGAGCUCCAGCCUAGAAAAUAUCCCCAACAAGAAAAUCUGGUUCAAAGUACACAAGCAGGAGAGACUAGCCGUGCAGGAGCGUAUUUCACACGGCCACAGUGCUGCCGGCGGCUCUGCCUCUGAGUUGGAGCUGAGUGAAGAGGAGAGCGAUAGCGGCCUGAACGACCCUGAUAAAGAAAUGGGUCCAGACAAGUCAACUGUAAGGACAGAAGAAAUCAGUAAAGAAGACCUGCAAAAACAGCUGGAAGCCAUGGUGGAGGUGCUGCGGUCGUCUGACGAGGUGGAUGAGCUGGUGCUGAGGAACACGGGGCUGACGGAUGACCUCCUGCAGAGCCUGGCCGUUGCCCUGAGGCAGAGUCCGUCCGUGGUCAGCACCAUGAACCUCAACCUGAACCGUAUCGGCCCGGCGGGGGUCCACUGCCUGCUCGAGCUCCUGCACAGCAGGCCGCAGCUGCAGAGUCUAUAUUUAUUUGGGAACAGGUUGGGUGAUUCUGGAGUUCAAAUGCUAUUGUCGGGACUGGCCGACCUACAGACGAGCAACACAAACAGACAAACAGGGGCGUCACUGCAGCCUCAAACAACAGGAGGAGUGAUGACCUCAGUUCCCAUUCUACAGCAGGGUCCUCCGUUCACUGUCUGUUGCCUCACAGAACUGGACCUGGGUGGGAACGGGAUGAGCAGCGCCGGCCUGCGAGUUCUGGCCACCUACAUGCGGUACCACUCCCAGCUGCGUUACCUCGCUCUGGCACAGACCGACGAUGCGGACAUCACGGCGUGGACCGUGCUGUUCGAGAGCCUGAAGGUAAACGGCAAGCUUGCGCACAUCAUUCUCGAUGAGUGCCGACUCGGGGAUCAGGGGGCCAAGCUUUUCGCGGACACGCUGAGGGCCAACGUGGCCAUUAAGGAAGUGGACUUGGAUGGGAACGGCAUUUGCGAUGGUGGGGGCAGUGCGAUCCUAGACGCGCUUGUGAGUCGGAGGCAAAGCCCUCUCCAGCACCUCAGCAUGGAGGAGGGCAAUUUCAUCAGUACGGCCCUCAUGGCGAAGAUCUUACAGGAAGUGCAGUCAAAUGGACUUCCUGUGCAAAAUAUCAGUCUGCCAUUCCUCCCACCAACAGGUGUAAUGCAGCAAUAAUUUGAUUGAGGCUUGUUGGAGAACAGUGGACAGUGAUUGUGGAUUUAUUGUAUUUUGCUUGAAUAUUAAGACCAUAUAUUUUCAUAAAAGCUUCCACAUCCUUAGAUUUGUUUGUGAAAGUUCUUCUACAUAGUCCUGUAAAUAAUUU